AUGAGGGGCGUGUUCCUGGCCAUCUGCCUGGUGGCUGCUGUACGCGUCGCGGCUCUCCCCACCGGCGGCACCGAAAACACCUCGUCUCCCGCAUCCACUGCUAUCCCGACAAGGACGAACAAAUUCGGAUUUUCUGGAACCCAAACGGCGACGUUUCAUAGCGCCAGCUCGGCUGUGACUCUGGCCCCCAACGUCCACUGGACGGAAGACACCAAGGAGGUCAAAAACGUGAUCCCCCUCUCCCCCCGCGAGAGAUCGUACCUGUACUACGGCGCCGGCGACCCGUCUGAGAAGGGCCCAUUCGGCGUCAUCACUUACAACUUUGUGUCGCCGUCCGUCAAUCUCGAUCACAGCGAUCAUAUCAAGGCCGUCUACGACAAGAACGAGGGCCUCAAGCUCACAUUCACCAACAAGGAGGCCUUCAAUCAUGCGACAGAUACAUGGCAUCCCAAGGACAGAGGACUGAUCCUGGUCGUCUACAUCGACGGCUGCGAAGCGCAUAAAUCCGGUGAGAGAUGUUAUUUCAAGGCGUCGAGCCUCGACGUGAGGCCGCAGGACAUGACAAUCAUCGUCUCAUGCAAAGCGCACCACCCAAAUGACCUCAUUGCUUCUGGCGAGUCGCACUGGGGGUGGUGGGAUCCCGGAUCAAGCCCGGCGAGGAGAUCCUUGGAGAGUCCUGGCAAAGGCGGCGAGCCCGCCAACGACGUGCUCAUGGAGCACAUUUACCCGGGGGCCUAUUCCAAGCGCGAAAACGAGGAACCGACUGGCCGCGGCAGGUUCUGGACCUGGAUCGACGACUAUAUCAUCAAGCCGUUCAAAAAGGGCGCCAAGAGCGUUUGGACCAGUCUGGCCAUCAACCACGACUUCAACAGGAACCUUCCCUUCAAGUUCCCCGAGUCCCCCGAGAAGUACUCUGUACUGUCUCCGUGGGGUGCCGGCAUACUCCUCUCGUCAGUGUCCAUGGGUUCAAAGCCGAAUCAGUCCGCGGACAUAUACUGCGUCGGCUGCGGCGCCUCGGGAAACGCCACGCUCAGCGGCAAGGUCAAGUGGACGCCAUUCACCGGCAUGACGGAGGGCCAGGUGUACCUGCAUCUCGACGCGCGCUUCGCGCUCAAGAUUGGCAUCGACGCGCACGCCCAGUCGAGCCACAACUUCACCAAGCAGCUGUACAAUCGCACCUUUGACGCGACGUCGUUUGGUGGCUUCUCCGUCGUGCCGGGCAUGGACGUUGCCGUCAACGCCAACAUCACGACUAACUCCCUCUCCGAGGGCAGGCUCCUCGCCGGGGCCGAGAUGGAUGUGCAGGACGCACACGUCGUGUAUGAUCUCGUGGAGCCGUCUAGAAACAACGUCGGAGGCUGGUACCCGCAGCCGAAGCCCAUCAUCGAGUCCAACGACACCCUCAUUGCGGAGGCGAAACUGAGCCUCCCGCUGCGGGUGUCGUGUAGGAUUCUGAUACACAGCGUGGACUACGGGACGGCAUGGAUAACCCACGAGCCGUCUGUGAACUUCACCGCCCAGUCCGCCAAGUGGGCCGAGUUGGAAGGCGGCGAGGUGAAUCGUGGGUCCAACGGCACGGAUACGUGCACAGGAAUCCGCACCCGUCUCAGCUGGCGGAACAAGCUCCUCGCGAGCGCCAAGAUCCCCUUCGUCGGCAGAAAGGAGUUUUUGUUGUGGGACUCAUACGAACGACCCAUAGGCCCCAGCUGCAUCCCAUGA